UAAAAAAAGUGCUAUAAACUGCAAUGGCUUCCAGGAUAUCAUUUUCACAGUACAAAUUAGAGGCAGAAAUAGAAAAAUGCAGAGGAGAAUGUCAAUGGGACAAAGUUCAAAACCUCGUGAAGCAACUACCUCCCAAAACUUCGGAAAACGAUGAUUUUGGGAAUCUGCUGCUUGCUGAAGUCCUCUUGGAACAGUGCCUGAAGGAAAAUACAGCCAAACUGAAAGAAUGCACUCCACUAAUGGAAAAGAAUGAACCCAAAAUAAGAGAAGCCAAGAAGCACUUGAGCAGUAUAUUAAACAGCGGCAAACUGCAACACAAUCUGAUGACUGAAGCCAUUCUUAUCUUAGCAAAACUGCACUUUGUGGAGGGGUCAUAUCGCGAUGCACUCAGCAUGUAUGCCCGAGUGGGAAUCGAUGACCUUUGUAUUGAUGAUGAACCAAUUUAUAAGAAAAGACUCUUAGCGGAAGCCUUUGUUAUUAAAGGUUUGUCCCUUGAGCGGCAGGAUUCGUCUGUUACCUCACGAGUUCGUCUGUUUGAACGAGAGGAAGAGACAAUGUCAUGUUUUGAAAAAGCUAGUAUUAUUGCUCUGGUCUACUUACAAGAAGAAGAACGGACCAUGAUCAGCACUCAGUCUAGAGCCACUAAGGGAAAUGUGGCUGUUCAGGAGUUGGAGCUCACAUAUUUUCUUGAAGCUGCAUUGCAAAGUGCUUAUGUGCAUUAUUUCAAGAAAGGGAACCUGGUCAAGGGAAUAAAACAAAUGCGGGAAAUAUUAAGAGCUAUGGAAACGAGGCCCACACAAAAUUUCAGAAUGACAAUAGCCAAACAACUGGCUGAGGUGCUUCUACGCAAUCUAUGUGAGAACAGUUAUUGGAAUCCAUUUUCAGAACCACCACCUGAUCUGCUCAGAAGUGAGGAAAGUGACCCUUUUCUUAUCAAUCUAACCACUGGUCCUCAACUGUAUCAAGGAGACAGUCUCUUCUGCCCAAAGGACAUUGUUGAAGAAGCACUCCUACUCCUCCUUAUCAGCGAGUCAAUGGUAAAUCGAGAUGGAGUAAUAAGUCGUGCGCCAGACCAGAGAGAGGACCGCAACAUCAGCUUCCAGAAUGCCUCUGCCUUGUAUGAUCUCUUGAGCAUAACUAUGGGGAGAAGGAAACAGUACGAAAUGCUCUCAGAAUGCUUGGAGAGAGCAAUGAAGUUUGCAUUCGAUGAAUUUCACCUGUGGUAUCAAUUAGCACUUUCACUGGUCGCUUGUGGCAAGUCAACUUGGGCUGUGUCCGCUCUUAGAGAAUGUGCAAAUCUCCAACCCAGUGAUCCAAGUAUACCACUCAUGGCUGCCAAGGUCUGCCUUGGACCUAUACACUGGCUGGAAGAAGGAGAGAGAUUUUGCAAGAUUGUAACAAUCAUGGGAGAAGAAGCGGGUGAAUUUCUUAGCAAGGGUUAUCUGGGCCUAGGGCUGGUCUACAGUCUCCAAGCUACAGAUGCUCCUCUAAGGAGCAGCCGAGAUCAACUCCACAAGAAAGCAUUGAAAGCUCUCAAAAGAGCUCACAGUUUGGAUUGUGAAGAUCAUCGAAUUGCCCUAUACCUUUCCUUGCAGUUGGCAUUCAACAGGCAGAUCUCUGAAGCUAUUGAACAAUUACAAGUAGCGCUUAAACUCAGGAAUGAUGACAUGCAUUCUCUCCAUUUGCUGGCACUUCUGUUUUCUGCCCAAAAACAUUAUCAACGUGCUUUAGACGUCAUCAACCUGGCAAUCGGUGAAUAUCCAGAAAACUUCAGUUUAUUUUUCACUAAAGUCAAACUUGAAGCAGUUCACACAGGACCAGAGGAAGCACUUGAAACCUGCAAACAUAUGUUAAACAUGUGGCAGACAAUCCACAAUGCACAGUUCAGUGAUUGUGACAAGGAAAGCAGUACAACUGAGAAACGGAGCACUGUUCGAAGCAGUACAGCUGAGGGUGUAGCAACUGAUAAACGAAGCACUGUUCACCUCACUUUUCCUGAUUUUCAUGAGGCUGAUGCAGGUUCUCUGCGUGUCCCAUCGAUUGCUGCUUCCCGAAUGGAACUGGCCACGUCAGAAAUAUCUGCGCAAAGCAGUGCUGUGAAACAUGCCCCCAAGCAAUUGACCAUUAUUCUAGAGCAGAUUUGGCUGCAAGCAGCUGAACUUUUUCUGGAACUACAAAGGACCAAAGAAGUUUCCUUCUGCAUCCAAGAAGCAGCAAGUCUUUUCUCUAUGUCGAAUGAUGUUAUAUUCAUGCGUGGGAUGCUAGAAGAGAUGAGAGGAAAUUUGAGUGGAGCCAAGCACUUUUAUGAUGAGGUUCUUGCUAUAAAUCCAAGAAGUGCAAAGAUCAUGGAACAAUUGGGAAGGACACUGCACAAAAUGGGCCGGAAUAGUUUGGCAGAGAAGUUUCUGAGAGAUGCUGUUCAGGCUCAGUCGACAUCCCACGAGGCCUGGAACAGCUUGGGGGAGGUGCUACAAGACCAAGGGAAAAAUGAAGACGCUGCAGAAUAUUUUCUUACCGCAUUAGAGCUGGAAGCCAGCAGUCCCAUUGUUCCGUUCACCGUCAUACCGAGAGAGCUUUGAGAUCUAUCAUGUGGGUCAAGUUGUGUAUUUCCCAAAGAUUUAAUUUGCUGACUCAUUGAGCAGAAUUCAUUUGCCAAAUAUCCAGGACAAUCAAGUCAAGCUCCUUUAGCCAGUUUUCUUUUCACUGCAAGUUCACAAUGGCCUCCUUCAUGUCCUCUAGCUCCUACUCGGAUCGGGCAGAGAUUUUCCAUUCACAGCAGUGCUAAUGAAACCAUGUGAGACACAUUGUGAGACAUUUGUGGAGCCUGUACAUUACACAGAAUAGUAUCCAGAGCAAGGUAUCAUUAUUCUACAGCAGAUGCAGUGGCACUUUUCCAGAAUAGCCUGUGACUAUUUACUGCAUGAAGGAACUGAGAUGAGCUGCCCUCAAAUAGCAUGUACAUUGCAGUAUUACUGUUCUUAUUCUCUUCUCGCUGCACUGGAGAUCAGACCUUUAUUGAGAGAGUUAUCAGGGACUGUCUUGCUGCAUGAUGUAAUCAUUAUUAAUAAUUUUAGGUAAAUCACUGCAGGUUAACUCAGAGAAUUCUCCAUUAAAUUUGUCAAUUUAUCCAAGAUCCUCAGGAAUUUUUAGUUUCAAAAAAAGAUUUUCUUGCUGCGUAUUUUCCACACGAACAGUUUCAUGAGACAUCGCAUUUUCUACUGUAAUAUUGACAUGUGUCUAUUUGUCUAAUCAUUAUUUAAAUGUGUUGUCCCUAUUGCUGAGCCUUUUGUUCAGCUGUUCAGUACUUCAGCUGUGACUUGUAUUUAUUGUAUAAUUCAAUCAUCUUUUAUUUUACAGCAGCCAAUAUCCAGUAUCUUGUAGUGAUUGUAAUGAGAACAGCCAGAUGGGCAUCUUAGAAUAUGAGUUCCCUGAUUUAGGCUGUUAAUCUGAUCCAAUCAGGGAGCCCUGGCUGACAGAUAUAAACAGCGGUAUCCGAGGUUCUGUUCACUCUGAGAGCUGACUCUGAGGAAGCGGGACCAGUGUGUAUUAUGCACAUGUCAAUGAUGGGUGCUGACGGGAUACCAGCCCCUGUGAAGUUCUUACAGUGACAAUGAGAGAAAAACUAUGCUCCUGAAGAAUUUCACUUGCAACAAUCAUCUUUGAAUUGGGGUGAGCAUUUCUGGCCUCAAGCUAUUAUUUGGGAAACUUGACUCUUUCGAUCCUCCCAUCAAAGACUGGGCCCAGUAUGUGGAAAGAAUGCUUUUUUUUGAGCAAAUGACAUUGGAGAAGAUGGAAAGCAAUGACUCAUUCUCCUGACAGCUUGUGGACCUGCGGCUUUUUGGAUUGUUAGGAGCCUAACAUUUUCUCAGGCACCAGAUACUAAAACCUUUCAAGAGUUGAUGGAUUUAGUUAAGGAAUAUUAUGACCCUAAGCAUCCUUUAAUUCUGAGAUGCUAUCGGUUUUA